UUUACCAUGUAUUUGCAGCCUCCUUCUGAUAUUACGGUGAGCGAAGGGAGCUGGUCACUGUUGUCUGUGGAAAAGUGUCCAGUUGCUAAGACGAACACCGAAGAAUGUGAAUAAAUUUCCUUGUACAUCAAAAACACAACAUCAUAUCAGAAGAUGGACGCGCAGGACCAGGAGUCUCUGACCAGGUGGGACAGGCUGGGCAGCCGUGACACUAGCUCCAGGAUGGCCGCCAUGGAGCACAUUCGCCAGGAGGUAAUGAGGAAAGUGGAAGCUAUCGGGCCUAUAGCACCAUGUUCGCCAUCACCUGCACCGUCUGGGUGCCCCGCUGGCAGCGACCUGAACGUCACCCUGGCUCACCUGCUCAUGCUCACCAAACGUUGUCCUUUUGACGAUGUAAAGGAGAGAUGCCUUCGACUCUUACAGGCUGUCCAGGAUCUGGGAGUGCGUAUCCCCAGGCCUCUCGGGAACGGACCUAGCAGAUUUAUCCCUGAAAAAGAGAUUCUCGGAGUCAGUAAAGUGGACACCAGGACACAGUCGAUAUUUGAGGAUGCGUUCGCCGCCCUCGGUCGCCUUGACAACAUCUCCUUGGUGAUGGGCUUCCACCCUCAGUACCUGGAGAGCUUCCUUCGGACGCAGCACUACCUGCUGCAGAUGGACGGGGCGCUGUCGCUGCACUACCGCCACUACAUCGGCAUCAUGGCGGCAGCGAGACACCAGUGCUCCUACUUGGUCAACCUGCAUGUGAACGACUUCCUCCAAGUCGGCGGAGACCCCAAGUGGCUCAACGGGUUAAAAGAAGCCCCGCAGAAGCUGCAGCAGCUCGGCGAGAUCAACAAAAUCCUGGCCCACCGUCCUUGGCUGCUCACCAAGGAGCACAUCGAGGGUCUCCUGAAGGCAGAGGAGCACAGCUGGUCCCUGGCGGAGCUCAUCCACGCCGUGGUCCUCCUCACACAUUACCACUCCCUGGCCUCCUUCACCUUCGGCUGCGGCAUCAUGCCAGAGAUCCACUGUGACGGCGGCCACACCUUCAGACCCCCCUCCCUCAGCCAGUACUGCGUGUGCGACAUCGCCAACGGCAACAACCACGGAAAUCAUCACGACAGUCAUCUUAGCAGCCAGGAGGUGUGCGGCGAGGUGGAGGUGCUAAUGGAGCGCAUGAAGCAGCUGCAGGAGUGCCGUGACGACGAGGAGGCCAGCCAGGAGGAGAUGGCCACUCGCUUUGAGCGGGAGAAGACUGAGAGCAUGCUGGUGGUCACGGCCGAGGACGAGGAAUGGGUGCCCUCUAGGGACAUCUCCCGACAUUUUGAGGACCUCAGCUACGGCUACAAGGACUUCUCAAGGCGGGGGGAGCACGUGCCCACCUUCAGAGUGCAGGACUACAGCUGGGAGGACCACGGUUUCUCCUUGGUGAACAGACUGUAUCCCGACGUGGGUCAGAUGCUGGAUGAGAAGUUCCAAAUGGCGUACAACCUGACCUACAACACCAUGGCAACGCACAAGGACGUGGACACCAGCAUGCUGCGCAGGGCCAUCUGGAACUACAUCCACUGCAUGUUCGGCAUCAGGUAUGACGACUACGACUACGGCGAGAUCAACCAGCUGUUGGACCGUAGCUUUAAGAUCUAUAUCAAAACCAUGGUGUGCAGUCCUGAGAAGACCACCAAACGAAUGUAUGAGAGCUUCUGGAGGCAGUUUCAGCACUCUGAGAAGGUCCACGUUAAUCUGCUUCUUAUGGAAGCGCGAAUGCAAGCAGAACUGUUAUACGCUCUGAGAGCCAUCACUCGCUUCAUGACAUGAAGUGCUUUUGUCCUAGUUUUGUCUUUUAUAUAGAUUUUAUUACAUGUUAUUUCUCAUUGUGGGACAUUUCAAGAAAACAUUGUGGCGAGGGAGACUUACUGGAUGGAUGGAUGGAUGGAUGGAUGGAUGGAUGCUGAGAAGACUAGAACAAAGAAAAAUGUCACAGGCAGUUGCUUUUUUUUUUUUUUUUUUGCGUGCAGUGCCAAAAGUGACCAGCAGAGGGAGGCCUGGUUGCCAGGCGUCCCAAGUAGUAUUGGAGCAUGCACCACCCUCUUCCACCUGACUGAAGACCCUUCUAGAAAAAAAAGAAGCUGUGCAACCACAACCAUUCUGCACUGUCAUCGUUGUUUGUAGUUUCUUUUUUGACAUCGUGUUCAAGGACAUGCUUGUGCCUGAACGAUGCUGCAGUGUGCCCGUUGCUGCUGCUGCUCCCCUCAGUUGCUUUCAGCGGGAGGGGGGGUCAUAUUGAUCGCCCCACACCCAAAAAAGACCUUCCCCAACCCUCAAUCAUAGUCCCUGUCCAUCUGCAUUAACCCAAAUGUCUGUGUAAGCUAAUUCUAUGUGUGUGCAGUGACUCAAAGAACACUGAGCCCUUUUUGAGUUGACUGUACGUACGUGUGUGUGUGAGAGAGAGAGAGUGUGUAUGUGAGAGAGAGAGGGUGUGUAUGUGAGUGUGUGACAAAAGAGAAAGUAGCUUUUGAAAUUUUCAUGUGUCAAAAAAGGAAUGCGAGGCACUUUGAAGGAGACUUCUUGCUUCUGCUGUAGCGCUAUUAUGAUAAGUGUUUCUGAUUAUUUGUCUGGCUUAUUGAGGAAAAAAUUGUCGAACCAGGUGCUUUUUGCCCCAACACACACACACACACACACACACACACACACACACACACACACACACACACACACACACACACACACACACACACACACACACACUGCUAGCUGUCUUCCGCGUUAACCCAGCUGCCAGGUCACACUUUAGGUUGUGAAUUUCACCAGUAAAGAAAAUACCUCUUCUGUUUUUCUCCAAAGUGCUCUUUGGUGAGUGCAGACCUUUUUUUUUUUUCUCUUCCCCCCUGCUUCUCCCCGUGCCGCCAUUGUUCCGAUUGUGGCCGAUUUGCAAGGCAAAAAGAUGUAGCUGUGCUUAUUAAGCCUAACUAGUGCAAAAGCAGCUUUUUUUUUUUUUUUAUGAAACCAGUGUUUGUUUUGUUCACUAAAACCAGUAAAGUACUGCGUUUUUCUUCUGGAGGAGUAAGCGAGAUAAGUGUUUAGACGGGGCGGUGAUGACAAAAGGAUGGUACCAUUGGAAGUUGUUGGAGAGAAGAAAAAAAAAGUGAUGUUUUUUUUGUUUUCCAAACUUCUGACUGAUGUCAGUUACUGACGCUUUUUUUUAAUAUAAAAAUAUAUAAAAUGGACAAAAAAAUAAACCUAUAACAUUGAAUUGUUGUGUAUCAUUUGUAGUGUAAAUUUGUUGGGUUGAUUGUACAAGAAAGCUCACUAACACUAAAUGAGGUGCGCAUUCUAGACAUGUAUGUGAUGGGAUCAUUCUGCACAGGUGUCGGUCAGCUCGAUGACAAUGUGAAUCAUCCCAUCCGAGUCAAAGUUAGAGCAGCUUAAUAAUUCUUAUGCACCUCACAAGAAAAAAACAUUUCCAAUGAAACAAUGUUACAUCAUCACCAGCACAAUCGCCAUCCCCUAAACUGCCUUCACUAGUGUAUGGUUUGUAGGGUUGCAAAGCAAACAACCAUAUCAGCUCAUAUUGCAUAUCAACCUGAGGAAUCAUGUUUAAAAAGUGUUACAAGGUUUGUACACAAAGUGCCGUUCCUGAUGUUUUGAUGUAAUGUGACUGAAAUGCUGUACUUUUAGAGGCUACUUGUAAGCACUGCCUGGGCCCCAAGUUUGUGUAACAAUAUUAAUAAUAAUAAAGUUUUCCAAAGGCUACACAUGUCUUGCUCCCUG